GGGGGAUUUGGAAAUCAUCUACCCCGAGGUGGGCGACGUGAGCUGCUCCUACAUCCCCAAGUGCCACGGCUACCGCCACAAGCUCAGCGACGAGUGGGGCAAGCCCCGCGUGCGCUACCCCUGGGCCAAGAAGAACAAGAAAUACGUCCUGGUGAUGGUGGACCCCGACGCUCCCAACAGAGAGAACCCCCGGCUCCGCUUCUGGAGGCACUGGCUGGUCACCGACAUCCCGGGCUCGGAUCUGAGGGUUGGGAAGAUCAAAGGGAAGGUCCUGACAGGCACUUGGGACCUGAAGGAUUUCGUGGAGGAUUUUCACCUGGGCCACCCCGUGGCCGCCACCCAGUUCCUCACCAAAAACUGCAAGGAUUAACUCCGGCCAUCCCACCCGUGCCCUGCACAUCCCCACAGCCCAGAGCCACCCCUGCCUGGAGCAGAGGGGACCCCAGACCCACCGAGGAUGAGCCCACCCUGCUCCCAGCCCACAGCCCCAACCCCUCCCCUGCCACAGCCAAGUUGUCUCCCCCUCUGGGGAUCCUCCCAGCUCGCCUGGUUAUCCCAGGAAUUUUGGCAUCUCCCCUUCUCCCCCCUUCGCCCCGUUUCUGACUUGACCCCUUGCAUGUCCCCCUGGCACUUUGGGGACUCGGAGUUUGGUGCCUGAAUAAAGUUUGGAUGGAGCACA